AUGGCUGUCCCUCCCAUCGCAAAGGCCACCUUGCAGGCUGCCCUGAUCAACGCCGGCUCGAAUGUGCUGGCGCAGGGAAUCAAAGCCUACAAGAAUGAGAGUCUUUUCUAUUUCACCACCUACGCUUUCAUAUCUUCACCAUUGAUGUUCUUGUGGGGAGAAGGACUGGAAAAAGCACUCCCUGGAUCUGUCGAGUCCGAACGCACGAAACCCAAAACGGAUAAUGACAAGACGCAAAAGCCGAGGCUCAAUGUGAAGAAUACCGUGUUGAAAAUCACGAUCGACCAGACUGUCGGAGCUGUGUGGAAUACGGUCCUGUUUAUUGCGACCCUCGGCCUGCUGCGAGGGGAAGCCUACGAAACUAUUCUUGACCAGAUCCGUACAGUAGGUCCAUCCUGUCUUCGGGAUACCGUCAUUAUCUAG